AUGCUGGAUUUCUCUUUCGAAUGUCCGGGGUAUCGAGAUGAAUGGGAGCUCGUCUUCCAUGACCAAACCACCCAUACCAUUAAGCGUUCUAAGGAAACAUGGGCGAAAGCAGCCAACUUGACCAAACUGAAAAGAUUGCCCCCAGCCCGCGGGCCUAGUCCCAGCACUAACGAGGUGGGCGUCAACUAUUUCCUGUACCAUUUCGUCAUCGGUGGUCUGUCCCCCGCGCGUGGGUAUCUAAACUAUGUGCCGACAGUGUAUAGUGCCGAUGGCGAGCAUCCAACUUUGGUGGCAAGCAUGGCAGCUGUAGGCCUUGCAGCGAUGGCGAACUCCACUCAACAGCCUGAGUUGUUCAAGCAGGCGCGCACGAAAUACUGGGAAGCGAUAGAUAAGGUAAAUACUGCGUUGGAUUCACCCGUCGAGUCUGUCAAGGACAGCACCUUGAUGUCAGUGAUCUCACUGGGCUUGUUUGAGCGUGUUGCCAAUUUUGAGACAUGGUUCCGACAUGUAAAAGGAGCCGCAGCGCUGGUAGUUUCGCGUGGCAAGAGCCAGUUCUCGAGCCCAGCUGCUGUUCCCAUGUUCAAUCAAGUGCGUGCAGACAUGUCCGCUGCCUGUAUCCAUACACUUGAACCGUUCCCGAGGGACAUGCUUGGGUUGCAGGAAGAGGCAUCGAAGCAGGCCGACACCUCCAGUGGCUUCUGGCUACUAGGAGUGAUGGCCACCCGGUGUGUCAAUCUUCUUUCGGAUGUUUCCGCCACGGCAAUCAAUGAUGCGGUGACCUUGGCACACUUCAUGGAAGAAGCUACUAUGCUCCAACGUGACUUCCAAUACGUUCUUGGCAUCUUUAGCAAACAAGAACCGUAUACAACCAUUCGAGAUUGCAGUGGAGACCCAGAUCUCAUUUACAAUGCUCGAUAUGACCUGUACAAGACCUCCUGGGCAAUAAGACUCUGGAACAACUCGCGAGUCCUCCAAGCCGUUGUCUGCGAGAUUACGUGCCACCUCUUGACCAAGGCGCUCACCACGGCUCUCCCACCGGAUUGCCGGACGCAAAUUGAGAUGACCCUUCAGGAGACGUUCCAAAUUCUCAUGACCCUGGGUGACGAUAUUCUGGCCACAGUCCCGCAGUCUUUGGGAUUUGUAUCAUCAGAAACCGAACCUCAUACCUCUACCGAUUCAUCCGCCAACGCAAGUGUUUCAGGUGGGCAUAUGAUAGUUUGGUGCCUCUACACGGUAGGAAAAUCUCCAGUUACAAGAAGCUGGACCCGGAAAUGGAUCAUGAGGCGUCUUCAGGACAUUGGUCAAAAUGCAGGCAUCCCAAUGGCGCUGCAGUUUGUCGAUGACAUAGAUGAGAUAGACAAGUUAGCCAGCGACCUAAAGCUUACCAGUUGUUAA